UGGCAGUUGGUGGGAUCACAUGUCUCGGCUACAGAGCAGGCAGCUGGGAAGAAAAGGCGAGUGCGCAUGCGUGAGAUGCUGUCUCAGACAUAGCGGUUUCUCGUAGCUGUCGCACUGGCUGUGAUCGAGGGUUUGGCUGCUGUUUCCCCAUCACGUCGCAUCUCCUGAGCCCCCGGCCGAGCUGCCCCCUGCUGGAGACCCCGAUUGUGCCUGGACCCGGGCACUGUGCACCCCUGGGAGCCUGUGCAGCUCAUCUGCAGAGUCCAUGCCCUUGAGCAGUGUAGCCAUUAUCUGAUCAGUCUCCCCAGUCCACAUCCCUGAAGGGCAUCAGUCCUGAGACCCCCACUUAGCUGCUGCAGAUACAUUUUGGAGGGUCCUCACCAUGGAAGGAGGCGCCUAUGGAGCUGGUAAGGCUGGAGGAGCCUUUGACCCCCAGACUUUCAUCCGGCAGCCUCACACAGUCUUGCGGAUGGUGUCCUGGGUGUUUUCCAUUGUGGUCUUUGGGUGCAUAAUCAAUGAAGGAUACAUUAACACAGCAAGCGAGGAAGAGGAGUACUGCAUAUUCAAUCGAAACCACAGUGCCUGCACCUAUGGGGUGACGGUAGGGGUGCUGGCCUUCCUCACCUGCACGCUGUACCUGGCGAUCGACAUCCACUUUCCACAGAUAAGCAGCGUCAAGGAUCGCAAGAAAACUGUAAUAUCUGACGUUGCGGUGUCUGGUCUUUGGUCCUUCUUUUGGUUUGUUGGGUUCUGCUUUUUGGCUAACCAAUGGCAAAUGUCUGACUCAAAGAUUAAUCCACUGAUGGAAGGCGCAGAUGCUGCCCGUGCAGCCAUAGCAUUCUCCUUCUUCUCCAUCAUUACUUGGGCCAUCCUAGCAGUGUUGAGGCUACAGCAUCUGAAGGAAAUUACUUUCCAGGAGGAAUACAGCAGACUUUUCCCCCCUAACCCCCAACCCUUCCCUUAACCUAUUAACAAAACAGUAGAGAUCUGCAGUGCCUUAACUACUCCAUCCUAUGUAUUACCAUCUCUAAGGAUAGUUUACAUUUGUAUUAUAUAUGUCUGCACUUAAGAGCUUGCUUAUACAUAUUGCUUAUAAAAAUUUCUUUAGAGCUUGCUUAUACAUAGGCAAAUUCUUGCUUGGAGAAGUGUUUCCUAUCCAGUGUGCCUCUGGGAGUUGUAUUUUUGCUAAAGCUGGAGGCACACUGGUUGUAAAACACUGCCUUAGAUAUUUUUUGAUUUUUUUUUUUUUUUUUUUAUGGCCGCUGCUCUUUUGAUAUUCAUAGCAUUUUGCAUUUGGACAAGUUAAACAAACAUCAUGUUCUUCAGCAUGGUGAUCUCUUUCUAAAUCAUUUGCCUUUUGAAGCUUGGUUAGCAAUCUAUCAUAUGUCAUGUUUAGUAAAGGUUUUUUUAUGUUGACAGUAUUAGGGAAGUAACAUAGGAGCAUAGUCAGGAGGAACGCCUUGGCUCUAUAGCUUCUUGACCACUUUGUUUUAAUCUGUUUUUGGUGGUUUUAAGCUGGUUACAUUGCACUGAACUGUGACUGCAAACCUCUUUGUGCCAAAUAUGUCUUCAAAGACUUGUAGGAGGGUGCAGUCCACUUCAUAUGUUAAAUAAGUAGUAAACUGAUGGGAUUUUGCCUUAUUGCUGCACCACAAUUGCACAUUAAAGAGGUUGUCUGACUGGCUCUUCUAGGUUUUCUAGUCAGCUCCUGCCUGUGUGUAGCGGCCGUAGGUGGUCAGAAAAUCCAAUGGCAGCUGAAGCAGAAAAGUUACUCAUUUUGGGUAAAUCCCUUUGACUUUAAUAGAAGUUGUGUAAGCAGCGUAGCCCCGUGAGCUCCGCUGUUUAUGAAACUCCUGAUGUUACGUAAACAACGCCGCUUGCACUUCUCCCAUUUAAGUCAAUGGAGGUUAUGCAAAUUGGUGAACUCCACUGCUCUACCUGCUUUUGUCUUUUUAGGCCACCUCCAGCUGCUGCAAACAGACAGAAGCUGGCCAUAACCCAGAAGAGCCAAGGUGGGGCAACCACUUUAACUUAAAGCUUUCAUGUGAAUUGUAAAAUCUUUCGGCAUGUAGUACCGAUAUUUUCAAAGUUUAGAUUGCUCCAGGUCUCAGUCCUGAGACCAGCCGCAAUCGUGUGUAAUAACUGACUGAAGUAUGCGGCACCGUACGCUUACUACUUGGCCGGCUACCUGAUCCGACUCUAACUGCAUUAGUUUAUUGAGUUACAGAGUCAGAUUUGACUGACAGCCAGGGAGCAAAACUCAUGCUGCCGCACACGUCGGCCAGCUAUUACCCAAUCAAUGUAUCGCCGCACAUCACAGGACUGACACCCGGUGCGAUCUAAACUUCUGACAUGUAGAAAGUUUUUACAAAUGACACAAAUUCACAAAAGUUAAUAAUAGAUAGAAAUUGACAAUUUAGAUGCCAUUUUUUUUAGUUUGUGUGGAACAGUUGUACCAGCCUUAAAUUAUAUGUGUACAACCUUAGCCAAGACUUAAGUGCCAAAUUGCAUAUUGCCUUAAAGAGGUACGCUGCUGCUCAGUGUUUGGAACAAACUGUCCUGAAGACUGGAGCUGGCACCGGGAGCUCAUGAUGUCAUAGCCCCACCCCCUCAUGCCGUCACGCCUGCCCCCUCAAUGCAAGUCUAUGGGAGGGCCCCCUCCCAUAGACUGACAUUAAGGGGGUGGGGCAUGACAUCAUGAGGGGGCGGGGCUCUGACAUCACUAGCUCCCGGCUCCAGCGUUCGGAACAGUUUGUUCAAAACCCUGAACAGCGGAGUACCCCUUUAAAGAUGUUGUCUGCCAAAAUACUUUUUCUGAGGUUCGGGGGGGGGUUAACGUUUAAAAAAAAUAAAAAUAAAUUCACCUACCUAAAUCCCUCCCGCAACCUUUUCGACUUUGCCUGGGCUGGGGCUCCACUGCCCCCUGGUCCCAUCAUGACAUGCAGGAAAUUUCCACUCAACCUAUCAUCGGCUGCCACUGUGACUCACUAAGUGGGCAUUUCUUGAGUGUCAAGCUAGGACCAGGAUGUAAUAAGCAGCAAUGGGCCUGAGCUCAGCAUGGACAUUAAGGAUGGGGGAUCAGGCAGAUGAGUUUCCCUUAUUUGUUCUUUUUUUAGUGGACCUGCCAUGGGCUAACUUGGGAUAUAAAUAAGCACAUAGCUAGAUAGGGCUUCUCCCAAAGAUUUUCUGGCAUACCUUUGUCUAAUCUCCAUAGCCCUUUCCAGCACCAAGAUAAAACUAAUUGACAUAUUAACAAAAAGAGUUAGAAGUGCCCAGGGGGUGUUCCCCAGCGCUGUAAAAGCCCAAGGUUAGCUAGCCCAUCUCCUCUAAUUUAUUGCCUCACUGCUCCCUGUCAAUCAGAGGUAUGGUGUGUGUAUGCAGUCAAGCAUGGAGGUGCUGAACACAAGGGCUCUUGCCAUGCUGGGGAACACCCACUCGGCACUUGAGCCUCAUUUACAUUUUAACCAAAAGGCUUAUAUCUCUGCACUGGAAAGGUCUACGUGGAUAAACAAGGUAUGCCCGGAAUCUUGAUAAGAAGCUCUAUCUAGCCAUGAGCUUAUUGUUACCCUUCCUUAGCUGCUGAUGGGUCUGCUUUAAAGGGGUACUCCGCUGCUCAGCAUUUGGAACAAACUGUUUUGAACCCUGGAGCCAGCAGUUCAUGACGUCAUAGCCCCUCCCCUUCAUGACGUCACACCCGCCCCCUCAAUGCAAGUCUAUGGGAGGGGGCGUGACAGCCGUCACGCCCCCUCCCAUAGACUUGCAUUGAGGGGGCGGGGCUAUGACGUCAUGCGCUCCUGGCGCCGGCUCCAUCGUUCGGAAUAGUUUGUUCCAAACGCUGAGCAGCAAAGUACCCCUUUAAGCCCCCUUCCCUUUUAUAAAAUGUUUUAUUUCUCUGGGCAUCAGAUGAACAUUGUUUACUACACCACUAUAGUUUUUUUUGUUUAUUUGAUAAUUGUAUGAUAAACCUCCAGUGUCUUAAUAACUGGAUAUAUGUUUACGUUGUUGUAAUGUUACCUAAACUACAUUAAUCUUAGUCCAAGCACUGUUACAAGUUAAUAAAAUGUUACGAUUAAAUAUCAUUUUUCAA